AUGCUUUUUGUUGAGUGGCUGCGGUGUGCCAGAGACAGUUUCAGGCCCUUCAUUUACAAUUGCCUCUCAGUUUUCAUAACAGCAUUGCAAGACAAAUUCACCAUGCCUGAAGUCAAAGACCUUUCAGAAGCCUUGCCAGAAACAUCAAUGGACCCCAUCACGGGAGUGGGGGUGGUGGCUUCUAGGAACAGAGCCCCGACAGGCUAUGAUGUAGUUGCACAGACAGCAGAUGGUGUGGAUGCUGACCUCUGGAAAGAUGGCUUAUUUAAAUCCAAGGUUACCAGAUACCUGUGUUUCACAAGAUCAUUUUCCAAAGAAAAUAGUCAUUUAGGGAACGUGUUAGUGGAUAUGAAGCUCAUUGACAUCAAGGACACCCUGCCUGUAGGCUUCAUCCCGAUUCAGGAGACAGUGGACACACAGGAAGUGGCUUUUAGAAAGAAGAGGCUGUGUAUUAAAUUCAUCCCACGAGAUUCAACUGAAGCUGCCAUCUGUGACAUUCGAAUCAUGGGCCGGACCAAGCAGGCACCCCCUCAGUACACCUUUAUCGGGGAACUGAACAACAUGGGGAUCUGGUAUCGAAUGGGCAGAGUACCAAGAAACCACGAUUCAUCUCAACCCACAACACCUUCCCAGUCAUCCGCCGCUUCCACCCCAGCCCCCAACCUUCCCAGGCACAUCUCUCUAACGCUCCCUGCUACCUUCCGAGGCAGGAACAGCACUCGGACUGACUACGAAUACCAGCACUCCAAUUUGUAUGCCAUAUCAGCAAUGGAUGGUGUGCCUUUUAUGAUUUCAGAGAAGUUUUCUUGUGUUCCAGAAAGUAUGCAGCCCUUUGAUCUCUUGGGAAUCACCAUCAAAUCUCUGGCAGAAAUUGAAAAAGAGUAUGAGUACAGCUUCCGCACAGAGCAGAGUGCCGCUGCCAGACUCCCGCCCAGCCCCACCAGGUGUCAGCAGAUCCCGCAGUCCUGA